UCCCGUUAUUUCGUUUUCCCGCCAUUUAUCAUUAUUAUUAUCAUUAUUAUUAUUGUUUUGUUGCCGCUGUUUGCAAACUACUCGCCUCCAUGGGGGGUGGAGGAAAGGAAAUAAAAGCUGCCGCAGCUGAAGGGUACGAAAGUAUGCGGGGGAAGAGCCGGGGAGCCGCAGGACGGGAUGGCAGCGAGCGGCCGGGCUGCUCCGGGGAGCGCUGCCCGCGGCCGUGCGGCUCGGGGCUGGCCGCCCUCCUCUCGGCGCUGGCGGCCGCAUGCUGCCUCUACCUGGGGGUGCGGACCAGCGACCUCCAGGCCAGGCUGGCAGCCAUCGAGGAAACCCGAGGGGGGUCCUCGGCGGCCGCCGUUCCGCUCCCGCCGCUGCCUGGCUUUUCCCUGGAGCAGCUGAACGCGAUGAUGCAGGAGAAAGUGGAGCGGCUCCUCGCCCAGAAGUCCUAUGAGCACUUGGCAAAAAUACGAGUCGUGAGAGAAGUGCCUCCAGAAUGCAGCUGCCCACCAGGUCCUCCAGGGAAAAGAGGUAAGCGGGGCAGAAGAGGAGAGACUGGACCUCCUGGUCAGCCUGGUCCUCAAGGCCCUCCUGGUCCAAAAGGCGAGAAGGGAGAUCAAGGUGAUCAGGGCCCUCGGAUGGUGUUUCCUAAAAUCAAUCAUGGGUUUCUGUCUGCUGAUCAGCAGCUCAUUAAACGCCGCCUCAUUAAGGGGGACCAAGGACAAGCUGGACCCCCUGGGCCUCCAGGGCCACCAGGACCCAGAGGUCCCCCAGGAGAUACUGGCAAAGACGGUCCUCGAGGGAUGCCUGGUAUUCCGGGCGAACCUGGAAAAACAGGCGAACAAGGACUGACAGGACCUCAGGGGCCUCCAGGACAAAAGGGUUCUGUUGGAGUGCCUGGUGUUCCAGGGAGAGACGGACAAGUGGGUGAACCUGGUUUGCCUGGUAUAGCAGGAGAGAAGGGAGCAGCGGGACUUAAGGGUGACCCUGGAGAGAGAGGAGAAAAGGGUGAUGCUGGAGAAAAUGGACCAAAGGGUGACACAGGAGAAAAGGGUGACCCUGGUUCAUCUGCUGCAGGAAUUAAGGGUGAACCUGGUGAAUCUGGGCGACCUGGACAAAAGGGUGAACCAGGUCUUCCUGGGCUUCCUGGACUCCCUGGGAUAAAGGGUGAUACAGGUGACAGAGGUGACACAGGAUCUCCAGGUCCAAGGGGGCCACCUGGACAGAAGGGUGAUCAAGGUGCAACAGAGAUAAUUGAUUAUAAUGGCAAUAUUCAUGAAGCUCUUCAGAGGAUUGCCACCCUCACUGUCACGGGCCCACCAGGACCACCGGGACCCCAAGGGCUGCAAGGUCCAAAGGGUGAACCAGGAUCCCCAGGAGUUCCAGGAGUUGAUGGGGAGCAGGGUCCUAAAGGAUCAAAAGGAGAUAUGGGUGAACCUGGAAUGCCUGGAGAAAAGGGAGGAAUUGGACUUCCUGGCUUGCCAGGAGCCAAUGGUAUGAAAGGUGAAAAAGGAGAUGCUGGUUUGCCUGGUGCCCAAGGCCCUUCAAUCAUAGGACCACCUGGACCACCAGGGCCACAUGGUCCUCCAGGCCCCAUGGGACCUCAUGGUCUGCCUGGCCCAAAGGGUGUAGAUGGCCCAGUUGGUCCCCAUGGCCCUGCAGGUCCUAAAGGAGAUAGAGGUGAAAAGGGAACAGUAGGUGACCCUGGACCCAGAGGACCGUAUGGCUUGCCUGGAAAAGAUGGCGAGCCUGGCCUUGAUGGUUUCCCUGGUCCUCGAGGAGAAAAGGGUGAUAUAGGAGAAAAGGGAGAAAAGGGGGAAAAGGGAAAGAAAGGCAAAAAGGGGCCUAAAGGGGAGAAAGGAGAACAGGGUGCUCCUGGAUUAGAUGCACCUUGCCCAUUGGGUCCUGAUGGAUUACCUAUGCCUGGCUGUUGGCAAAAGGGAGUCACACCAUGGCUUAUUGCUAAAAAGAGAUAAAGCAGAGAAGGAUAGAAAGAGGUCUUGAAUUUUUGGGGAACACAGUUCCAGAUGCAGAUGGAUGGCUUCCAGUCUUGCGGGUCACCUGGCCCAUUUGAUCAAAGAGGGUCCCGCCCAUUAAUCAGCAUCGGUUUGCCUUGCACUGCUCAUGGUCAUGAAGACAUUGGCGAUAGGCCUGAUGGGUGCUUAAUCAAGAAGGAAAGAAGUUUGGAGAAGAAACCAGACUUCUCUGUGGGUUGUUUGAAAAGGUUACAGAGACGCUGCGUGGAUCAUUUGAUGGUAGACUGCCUGAGACCAGAAGCUUCUCAACCUUACUCAAGGAUUGGCACAAUAUGUGAUCUGCAUAUUAUAUUUUGGGACUGCUGAAGGAAAAAGCAUCCUUGAGACAUGGAUGAAUCAGAACAUCCUCCUCUGGAGGAAGUGGAACUGACCAGAUCCAUAUGUACUAUGGUGUGGUUUGCAGGUGAUUCAAUUUAAAUUACACAAAGCUAGCUGAACCUUCCUGAAGAAUUUUGGAAGCUAUGUUUAGUUUUGGUUCACUUUCCUGUAACAGUUGACAUAAAGGACACAUUUAGAUAA